AUUGUUGCCCGAGUCCAAGAUAUCUCACCUAUAAAUACAGGUAUCAUCACCUUACCCAAAUAUCACUCAAAAAACAUACAACAAAUCAUAAUCACUACUUUUAUUACUACCAAAAGAGUUAUGGGUUCUCACAGGUUCUCUCUCCUUGCCAGCUUUCUCUUGCUUUCUCUUGCAACCACAGCUUUCUCGUCAACACUUUCACCUUAUUACUACCACAAAAUAUGUCCCCAAGCUUUACCCACUAUCAAAAGAGUUGUGGAGGAUGCUGUGAGGCAAGAGCACCGCAUGGGCGCUUCAUUGCUCCGCCUGCACUUCCAUGACUGCUUUGUUCAAGGCUGUGAUGCUUCGAUUCUUCUGGACACCAUUGAUAGUGAAAAGACUGCAGGUCCUAACAAUAAUUCUAUUAGAGGAUUUGAAAUCAUUGAUAGAAUCAAGUCGGAGGUUGACAAGGCAUGUGGGCGCCCUGUGGUAUCGUGCGCUGAUAUUUUGGCAAUUGCAGCUCGCGACUCUGUGGUUGCGCUUGGGGGACCAACAUGGAAUGUGCAACUAGGGAGAAGAGACUCAACCACGACCAGUAAGACUAAAGCCGAAAAGGACCUCCCCACACCAUUUAUGGACCUCCCUGCACUCAUCGAGAACUUCAAAAAUAAAGGCCUCGACGCCAAGGACCUCGUAGCUCUCUCUGGUGGCCACUCCAUUGGGUUUGCACAGUGUUUUACCUUCAGGAAACAUAUUUACGAAGAAUCCAACAUCGACCCUACCUUUGCACGUGAUCGCCAAUCUAGAUGCCCGAAAAACGAUGGGAACUCAAACCUAGCCCCUCUGGACCCAACAGCUGCCAUUUUCGACACCAAGUAUUUCUCCAACUUGGUGAAGAAGAAGGGGCUUUUGCAUUCUGAUCAAGAACUGUAUAAUGGUGGUGAGACAGAUCAGUUGGUGAAGAGCUAUAGCACUGAUGUUUGGUCAUUCUGGAAUGAUUUUGCUAAGUCUAUGAUUAAGAUGGGUAAUAUAAAACCAUUAACUGGGAAGAAAGGCCAGAUUAGAUCAAACUGCAGGCGGGUCAACCAAUGUUUUUAGAGUCAAUUUUUUUUUUUUUUUUUUUUUUUUGGGUUUAAAACAGCAUUAAAUAUUUAAGAAAACAAUUUGAUGGGUAAUAAGUUUCUUUUUUCUUUUUCUCUUCCAUGAGAAAGUAGAAGGAAGAGAUCGUGUAUAUAGUUGUUUGCUCAAGGCAAUGUUUGUAAUGAAUAGGAGCAAAUCCUGGA